GGUUAGGUGUGCGCUAAACACGGGCAUAUAUGUACCAAUAACCUAUAGCUGGUGAUGGCCGGGGUAGUUGUUCAGCUCGUGUUAUAAGGCAGGGCUUCUUUCUCUGGAUUCUGAAGGACUGAUAAGAAACUUAAAUCUUUCAUGAGGAAAGAUUCUCAGCCUGUUUCAGUUGUGUUGCUGUGUCUUGAGGACUCUUGAGAUGUCUAGAGUCACAUCCCUGGGUGGGGCCUGUGUAUUAGGGAUAGUGCUGUUGACACACACGGCCCUUGCGGUCAACAAAGCUCCGGUGUGGGAUAUAACAUCCAUGAACAAGAUCAGAGAGACCUUCACCAAACAGGUGUAUGAAAACACAACAGAAAAUAAGCUGUUGGGUACCCUGCUGGCAAGGGACCCCGAGGGUAAACAAGUGACCUAUGGAGUGGACAGUGAGAAUACGGUCAAGGUCAAUGAAACUACAGGAGAGGUCAGGCUGGCAAGGUUCCUGGACAGAGAGAAAGGUGACACUAAAGUUGAUGUGACAUUUUAUGCCCAAGACCCACUUGAGCCUGGAUCUAAUGUUCGAAAUACGAUUGAUUACUUCAUUAGGCUUGAUGUGCAGGAUGUGAACGACAAUGCUCCGGAUUUCAAAAAUCUUCCCUACGGUGCCAGUGUGAAGGAGAAUGGCCCUGCCUUAGCUACUAUAUUUACAUCAGUUAGGAUUGAGGAUUUAGAUGAUGGCUACAAUGCUGAAGUCUUCGUCAACUGUUCAAUAUUUGAUGAGCAGAGUCGGAUAGGUUGUGAAAAGUUUGGCGUGUCAGAAUUAAAGCAGAUAGCUCCCCGUGUCUACACCUGUUCAAUCUACACAAAGACAUCCCUCGAUUAUGAAGAUCAGAGUUCAUACAUUGUCACUCUUCUUGCCUGGGACAACGGGGUGCCCCGCCUCAGCAGUCAGGUCAACAUACAUAUCAGAGUGAUUGACGUUCAGGACUCUCCUCCUGAGUUCUUAAACACACCCAUCAACCUGUACACCAAUGAGAGUGCAGCAAUUGGCUCUAAAAUAGGUGAAAUUCAAGCCCGUGACAGGGAUCAAGGGAAUCCAAGACCUAUCAAGAUCGUGAUGUUGUCAGGCACAGAUUUGUUUGAGUUGAGUCCUCAGCCAAGAACAAAUGCUUCUCAGCCUGUGUACACCUAUGAUGUCAAAACAAAAGGCACACUUGAUCGAGAGCUGCUUCGAGGACAAGCAGCAUUUGAUGUUCGGGCCAUUGAGCUGCAGAAUGGAGUGGAGACAAAUGUGCACACAAAUGCCACUGUGCUGGUCAAUAUUUUUGACAUAAACGACAAUGCACCCACGUUUGAUCAGAUGGCAUAUUACAUCAAUGCCACUGAGAGUGUCCGUGCCACAGAUAACACACAAAUCCCUGGACUCACCAUGACUGUCCGGGACUUGGAUGAUGCUAGCAAUGCAAGGUUUUCUGUGUCCAUCCAAUCACAAACAUUCCCAGGAGCAUUUGCAGUUUCUCCGACAAAUGCCACCAGUCAGGGCCCAUUUGCAUUGGCUGUUAUAAAUGCUGACUACAUGGAUUAUGAAGUUGAAAACUACCGACAGCAACAAGUUGUGGUUGUGGCCCGUGAAUACGGCACUCAGGCUCUCUUUAGCACUACAGCCACAGUGUUCAUUUCACUGAUUGAUGUCAACGACAACUCCCCCAAGUUUGAACCAACUUCCACCAUAAGGAUCAACGAAAACGAGGGACCCAUGAAUAUCACUCGUGUCACAGCUACAGAUGCUGACAGUGGUAGUUACGGCCAAGUAACCUACAGCAUCGACAGCAGUUCAGACAGCGAGAUAAGCGAAUAUUUCCAGAUCAAUCCCAACACUGGAGAUGUUCGACUUGUGAAACCUGUGAACUACGAGGAAAACCGUGGCUUCGCCAUCGUAAUUACUGCAUCAGACGGAGGUUCUCCCAAGAGGACAGACAAAGUGGAGCACGUUAUUGGCUAUCACAAGUUUUGGUCCAGGAAUACCUUUGUGGUGAAUCCCAGAGAUGGGCGUCUAUCAUUGUCCAGAAAAAUUAACUUCAACGAAACCCCCAAUGCAAGCGACAAUGGCAACCCGCCAAUGGCAAGCACUGUUACUGUCAGGGUCAAUGUUCAGGAUGAGAAUAACUUUGACGCUCGUUUUGACAGAUUGGUGUAUUCUGUGUCUGUCAGUGAACUGGCACCCAGAGGUUACAGUGUGAUCAGGGUAAAUGCCACUGACGAGGAUGCGGGAGAGAAUGGUCGACUUAGGUACAGCCUGCAGGGCAGUCUGGGAGACUUCUCCAUCAACCCUCAGUCUGGUCUCAUCACUGUCAAUAACAAGCUAGACUCAGUCAGAGAACUUUACAGACUCAUCGUUGUGGCCACGGAUAACGGAUCACCCAGACAACGUUCAAGCUCUGCCACAGUGAAUGUCAACAUUCUAGAUAAAAAUAACAAACUUCCAUACUUCCCAGAAGCCCUUUACACCACAACUGUGUCAGAGGGAGAGGCCGCAGACAAUGUAGUGCUGAAGGUAUCGGCCUCCGACCCGGACCAGAACUCCAGUCUGAUCUACUCUAUACUCAACGACACAAUUCGAGCAAAGACCCCCCAGGGGGCCGAGUUCAACAACCCAUCUGUCUUCAACUACAAGCAAUCUUUUUACAUUGAUGGUGACGAUGGUGAGAUUCACAUUCGGGAUAAGCUUAGCUACGAGCAUGUGGCAGAGAUGGACUUUGCUGUCCAGGUGCGCGAUGUCUUUGCAGAGACCACGUUGGAGCAGACAGCAACAGCCUCUGUGAAUAUUCGUAUCUUGGGGUCUGUGGAUGCAACCCCGCAAUUUGUGGCCCCUUGGACCCCAAAAGACCCCACUUACUACUUCACCAUCCCAGAAGAAACAGCCAUAAAUAACCUCAUCACCACUCUGGUGGCAACUGAUCCCAUUGGUCAAAAGCCAAUUCAAAAUUUCAAAGAAAAUGUCACUGUUGAUGAGCGUGACUAUUUCACCAUUGAUUCCAAAUCAGGGGCAUUGCGAGUAAAUGCUCGUCUGGACUACGAGCAGUUGACCAAGCGCGUUCUGCCAGUGAACGUGAUGGCCAUUAGUGGGGACAGCAAGAAGACAGCCUUCGCCAGGAUACGUAUCCAGAUACAGGAUAUCAAUGAUAACAGACCUGUGUUUGACAUGGAGAGAUAUGAUUUUGAAGUGUAUGAGAACCGGGAGUACCCAUACCUGAUAGGUAAUGUGUAUGCGACAGAUGCUGACUCUGGGGUGUUCAAACAGAUCACCUAUACUCUUGGAGGACAGGGGGCAGAAAACUUUGAAAUACUAGAUGGUGGCAAGGUGAUUGUUGCAGAAAAUGGCGUGCUGGACCGAGAGAAGAAGUCAUUGUACCAGCUGACAGUGACGGCAACUGAUAACCCUGGAGGAAGGACCCAGAGACAGGGAUCAGCUCAGCUAGUGAUAGUGAUUAAGGAUGAGAAUGAUGAGACGCCAAAGUUCACUCGUUCAUCCUACAGCUUCCUGACAGUGGACAGCGCACUGGUAGGGUCCAGCAUCGGUCAGGUGGAAGCUACUGACCUGGAUACAGGGCUUAAUGCCCGAAUUUUUUUCAGCAUGAAUUGUGACAAUAAUGCCAACUCGCUGUUUUCCAUGAAUUUCCUGAAUGGCGAGGUGAUAGUAGAACAAUCUCUGGAGGGUAAACGUGGGGUGUACUUGUGUCGGGUGUCUGCAUCUGACAAUGGUCGUCCCCAACUCUCCUCCACAGUCUUAGUCCAGAUACAGGUCAGCCCUGCCUCAGAUAACGGCAUGCCUGUCUUCUCUUGGCCAUACACAGGGUAUGUGGCCAAAAACGUUGUUGAGAAUGCCAAUCCAGGUGUGGAAGUUGGAUAUAUUCAAGCAACUUCUCUGAUGGGGAAUGUGAGCUACGGCUUUGUGGACAACUCUGACAUAGCCGUCACCAGCCGCUUCCAAAUUGACCCGGACACUGGCAGGGUCACCACUAUCACAAGCUUGGACAGGGAGGAGCAGGACAAUUACGAGCUGUUGAUCUAUGCUCAAGUUUUGGGGAACUCCACACUUUCCAGCGUUGCUGUCUUGAGGAUCGAUGUUCAGGAUGUGAAUGACAACAUUCCUGUAUACAAUGGAAAAGGCUGUGACCGACAGAUCUACGUGAGCCCACCGUAUAAAGUGUACCGCCAGGAAGACACACCGGUGGGCAGGUCUAUUAUGAGUCUCAGUGCCUGUGACUCAGAUGAUAAGGCAAACACCAUUACUAAUUACAAGUUUGUAACCCGCAAGACCAACCCGGAGUUGUCUACCCUGCGAGAGGAAUGUGUAAGUCCUGGCAACAGCUCAUUCAACUUGAAGAAACUUGACAACAUUCAAGUGUCAAUCGAGGUGAGAAGGCCACUGGACCAUGAAGCUUCAGGGGGACCUGUUCAAUUGCUGUGUAUCCAUGCCACAGAUGCGAGGACUGUUGUGCCUGCUGGACGACGAAAACGACAGGCAGAACUGUAUGACCAGCAGAAUUUCACUGUUGCCUACAUUGAGGUCCAUGUUGUGGAUGUCAAUGACAAUAAACCUAUUUUCCCGGAAAAGACUGUAAAGACAGUUAUACUGGAGUUUCCUCAGACAGAUUCUGUUGUUAUAGCAAUGACUGCAAAGGAUGCAGACUCCAGUCUGUUCAAUAAAGUGAGAUAUUCCAUCCAGAGCACGUAUUUCAGAGGUCCAGACAAUUCUGAUCGCAACAUCAGCAUUGCUUUUGAUAUCAACAGUGUGACAGGGGAUGUCACAACCAAACUGACGCGGUACACUCAGUUCCUCGGGGGUACCUUUUAUAUGGGCAUCAGGGCAGAGGACAACGCAGAAUCUGAAUUCUUUGAUACAGCUCAACUGCAGAUAACUGUACUUCAAGUAGGUCAGAGGUAUAGGGUCACCUGGGAUGCAACCAGCAAUGCUGCUGACGCUUCUGUGAAGAACGCCAUCGAGAAGCAAAUGCAGGAGGCUGUGAAUGCACGGAACUGGCAACUUUCAGUGGAUGAACUCCGCUAUCAUGUGGACAGCAAGGGAGUUAACUCUAACAAAUUUGACGCAUGUUUUGUUGUUGUGGACUCAGAAGGACGUUCUCCCAGUAAAGAUGAGGUUAUAAAACAGAUCCAGACCAGUGACAUGAAAGAUGAGCAAUAUCAGUUUGGUCUGUGUGAUGUGGCAACAUCUGCUAGUCUUGGAGGCAGCUCCUCCUACUGGUGGGUCCUCAUCGCUCUGGCCAUCCUCAUCUUCAUCGGCACCCUAAUCCUCAUCAUCAUCGUCUUCAUCCUGGCCGCAAAUCUCCGAAAGAAGCAAAAAUAUGAGAGAACAACUUUAAUUCAGAGAACAGAAUAACCGUGAUGAUGAUUUAGGAGUAAAAAAAAUUAUGUAAGUACAGGUUUUUUGUUUCUGUCUUGUUUCCGGCAUACAAUAAGAUCCAGUUUUCUUCAUAUAGGUUGUGACGGCCCUCCGAGGCUCAGUUGGUUA